AUGGGAAACUCAAGGAUCAAGUAGAAUAGGGAAUAAAGCAAAAAUGAUUUCUAUGAGGUUUUCACUUCAUUAAAACUAUUAGAUGAAGAAAAUUUGUCAGCAUUUUUUUGAAAGGUUGACGAUUCUCAUGAAUUUCUUUAAGGAAAAUGCAUAUUUUCUCAAAAAAAAUAACUAAAAUACCUUUUUUAAGAGAUCAUAGAAUUAUAUAAAGGAGGAUUUGAAAAAAUCAUUUGAAAAUAUUGGAAUUCAGCAAACCUUAGGAGAUGUGGAGGAAUUUAAUAAUAAAUGAGGUGAUGAAGUUAAAUUGUAAUAGAGGUUGAGUAAAUAAUGUUCAGAUAUUAGUUUCUUGCAAGAACUGGAAAUAUAAAGUCUAUUUUUAAAAGUAAGAGGAAUGCAUAAUGUGUGUGCUUCUCACCAAACAGCAAGUCAUUAGCUGAUUCCAGUUACAAAUUUGUGUAUUUGUUGAACUUGAAUAAUGGGAAUUUUUCUCCUUAUAGUAAUACGUUGGCAUCUGGUAUUGAUGAUAACUCUAUCCGUUUAAGGGACAUUUUAAUAAAAUAUUUACCUUAAAUUUGGACAAACAACAUAAUCGAAGAAAGUGGUAUUGAUUAUCAAUAUUAUUUAGUUUCAUCAAUUAUCUCUAUUCUUCAUAUAUCAACAGAGCUUAUAUUUUAAUCUUAGGGUGCUCUAAUUUUGAAGGAGAAUUUAGAAAUCAAUCUGGCAUAGAUUUGA